UGCUUGUGCAGGGCGGGGGGCGGGGCGGAGCCGCUCCCGGGGGUUAUAAAGCGGGGUGAAAGGUCAGGGGUCAGAGGGUGACGCCGCCGUGGGCCGCGCAGUGACCCCGGGGGCUGGGACGGACAGAGGGAGGCGGCGGGGGCAGGCCAGGAUGACGGGCAUGGCCGACAACCACCGGGAGAGCUGGGCGGGGCUGGUGGCGGAGGCCGAGCGGUACCGGCGCCGGACGGGGAACGAGGUGGUUCUGAUCACGGCGUACCGGGCCCCGCAGCCGGGCGGCUUCGCCUACACCCAGCACGGCUGCGGGGCCCUGGGCGACGCCGCCCGCCGCUACCUGGAGGACAUCGCCGUGGUCCACAAGACCACGGCUUUUACCUACGCCGCCCGGCCCCCACCCGCCCCCCGGCCUCCCCCCAGCCCCUACUCCCGCAGCUGCCCCCCGCAGGACCCGCCCGCCAGCCCCCACUGGACAGCGGGUGCCCAGGGAGCCCCGGCCGAGGCCGUGGGGGGGGCAGGAGGAAGAGGAGGAGGAAGAGGAGAAAAACAUGCCGGCGCCCAGGGAGAUGGAGGCACCCGGGAAGCAGCAGCCCCCCAGCGACACCACAGGUCUCUUUGUGAUGGAUGAGGACUCUCCCAGCCAGGACUACGAGCCCUUCUUCGAUUCGGACCCAGAGAGCACUGACGACGGCAGCCUGAGCGAGGAGGCGCCUGUCCUGCCACCGCCCGCCCCCCCCAACCACCAGUAUGCCAAGUCACUGCCCGUCUCCGUGCCCGUCUGGGCCUUCCGGCAGCCAGGGCCCGAGCAGCGCUCGUCCGACGAGGAGAACGCCAAGCACUCGUCCCCCGACCUGGAGAAGAUCGCGGCCAGCAUGCGGGCGCUGGCCCUGCGCGGCUCUGACGGCACCGAGAUGUUCGGGGACCUGCCCCGCCCCCGCCUCAACACCGGGGACCUCCAGAAACUGCAGCGGAAGUAUUGACACACCCCCCCAGCCGGGGGAGGGGCCCCGACAGCGCCCCCUCCCUUGGACACUACACCCCCCAACGGCAGGGCAGGGGGGAUCCCCCCCCAACAGGGCUCUCUGGGGCACCAUGAGCCGGUGGAACUACCCGCCACCGCGUCUAAGCUGUGGGGGGCUAUUAGUGGGCUACUCAUGCUACAGGAUCACGAGGGUUGCAGGGAGAUGAUGGGGGGGGAGCCCUGUGUCCCCCCCGCCACACUCCAUCCCCCCCCCCAGCAGCAGAUGUGGCGGGGAGCCCCUCCGGUCCCCCAGCACUACAGCUACUGAGAGGGGAGCACCCUCCACACACUACAGGGGAAGUUGCCCCCCCUCCCUCAAGUGUCUUAAUAGAUUUUUUGUAAGGCCCUCUGUUUGCACAUGGGCUGUUCCCCCUGGAAAGGGGGGGCAGCUUCCCCAGAACCCCCCAUGGGGGGGCCUCUGCUGUCAGCCUCCAGGAGAGAAUUAUACCCCCCCCAACUGACACCCUAAUUUUGGGGGGGGGAACUGACCCCUCCUUUGAGAGGACAGGCAGGGGCUGGCUUUCAGGUGGGGGGGCUCCCCCGGCCUCAGUACCUGAUCCCAGCGGGUCCCUGGCCCGCCCCCCAACCCUCUUUUGUACCAGAUGCUCAGGGGCCCUGGCCCCGCCCCUUUAUUUUUGUCCAAAGAUGAUUGGUGGGUCAGGGCGCGGGGAGCCCCGCCCCUCCAUCCCAUGUUGGCCAAUAAAGAGAUGCUGACUUUUACCAGC